CGGUGAAACGAAUAACUUUAAAUAAAUAGGCAUGGUCGAUCACAUACGCCAGCCACAACCAGCAGGGCGGCGCGAGCGAAUUAAGCCAUGCCCAUAGGAAGCCGUAUAAAAAGCUGAACCCACCAACGACAAAGACCGAACCUCAAACAUUCCCGCCUAUGCGCCAACUCCAGCGUAGACGCACCGUCACUUCACUUGGACCUGCUCUGCAAGUACAACCACACCCCACUUCGGAAGCCAAGCCCACACUAUUGAUUGUUUCGUGGAUGGUCCAGGCUCUUUAGCGCAGCAAAUGGUUCUGUUUUAAACGUCACAUGCAAACACCUUGUUGAUGCCUGGAAAAUGGCAUCUGGGAAUAUAUUGUGGAAGUAUACCAAGAAACUUUUCACGCUUGGGCUCGUAGGGCUUACUGUUUCAGAUAGCUUUGCAAGUGUUUCUCCAGUUCGUGGUGCCUCUAUGUCCCCUACAUUCAAUCCCAGCAUCAGUUCUUUGAUGGGAUUGACAACUGAUGACUAUGUUUUGGUUGAGAAAACGUGUCUCAUGAAGUACAAAUUUUCACAUGGUGAUGUGGUUGUUUUCAGCUCCCCUAGUAAUCACAAGGAGAAGCACAUAAAGAGAGUAAUUGCCUUACCUGGUGAUUGGAUUGGAAUUCGUCAUACCUCUGAUGUGCUGAGAAUUCCAGAUGGUCAUUGCUGGGUUGAGGGAGAUAAUCCAUCUUCUAGCAUGGAUUCAAAUUCUUUUGGUCCGAUUCCAUUGGGCUUAGUGAAAGGAAGGGUGACCCACAUUGUAUGGCCUCCUCAGAGAAUAGGUGCCGUGGAGAAAAGAAUUCCCACAGACAGAAUUUCUUCUAUCUAGCUGGACUUCAUUUACAGAUUCGUGGGGGGGGAAAAAAAAUUAUUCUUCUUGAUUCAUAACUUUUUUGGACAUUUGCAGAGGCAGAAUAGUAAGAUCGGAUUGGUAUUUUCUCGAUGUCAAAUUCUUUCCUUGACAGGCAGGCUCUGUAUUAAAGAUUUUCCUUUGUAAACUAACAGGUUGGAUUGCUACAUUAAACUAAGAGAAAAAUGGAUCCCCUUAUAUUCUCUCUGUUAUAAGUUGAUUUAUACUUUGCGUACAAACAAUUGUUCUUUGGUUGUUUGAAAACAUCUUCUGAAAAUAAAUAUGCACUUAUAAAUUAUUGAA